UAAUCUUAAACAUUUUUCCAUCUCUUCUCCAAUUCUUCCUAAAUCCUACUCUUAACUCUCUACUCUCUAAUUCUCUUCUCCAAUAUAUUUAUAUAUCUACUUUAUAUUAAUUAUCUACUUAUAAUUUAUAAAUACAUACAUUAUGUUACUUAUAUUUCUUAUCUAAUUAUAUAUUACUUAUACAUUUAUUAUAUCUAUUAAUAUAGUUGGAAUUAUAUCUAAUUAAUUUGAAGUCGUUCUAUUACUCCCAUCCGAAAGACCGAAAGUCCGAAAGAGAUGGAUCGUCCUAGAUAUUCGGUUGAUAUGGGUAACCUCGCAACCGAACGAAAGAGCUUGCGAGGAAGAGAUCCCGCAAAGGUAAAUCACAUAUCGGCUCUUCAUCUCAAAAUCAAGAUGAUUUUGAUACGGGUUACGCAAGGAGGGAUGGGGAUGCGAUGACCGACGAACAACUAGAACAAGAAUUGCACCGACACAAUACCUCAAACCAAUUUAUUCAUGAAGCUGUUAAUCUCGUCGAUGCUUUUUCAAAUUUUGAGAAUGCUGAUUAUGUGAGUUAUUUUGCUAGUUUUAUGAAGGAAAAGUUUUUAAAAUAUUAUUCACAUAUUCCGCAUAUUUAUGGUAUUGCAUUUGUUCUCGAUCCUCGUUUUAGACUUGGUUCUUUAGAAGAAUGUUUAAAUUAUUAUUAUGCUGCUUUUUUUGUCCAAUGCCAAUGUAUGAGGACAACCCAAUUGAUCUGAAAAAAGAAUACAGCGAGGUUAGUGAUAUAUUAUAUGCAUUAUUUAAUGAGUUUCAUGCACAAUAUGACAAUGUGCCCCCUCCCCCAACACAGACAUCAUCUAAAGGAAAAUCAAUUUUCAAAUCUACAUUUGUCAAUCUUAUUAAAAAAACGAAAUCAACUGCCGCUACGCAACAAAGCACAAUUAAUAAGAUUUUUUUGUAUUUAACAUAUGAUGUUGAUUUUGAAGAAGAUGAUGAUUUUGACGUACUAAACUGGUGGAAGGGAAAAGAAAGAAUGUUCCCGGUUUUAGCAAAGAUGGCUAAGCAAGUGCUAUCAAUGCCGGUUUCAACAGCUGCCGCAGAACAAGAAUUUAGUUCGACCGGCAAUGUCCUAACGCAAUAUAGAACGAGGUUGAGCCCAGAAUCUCUUGAGAUGCUUAUAUGCUACCACAAUUGGUUGAAAGCGGCCUGUAGAGCUCAAGAAAUUGACAUCACUCCAUCCCAACACUUUAUGGAUGGAUCUACAACCGAG